GGGGAAGGACCGGAACUCCGGGCGGGCGGCUUGUUGAUAAUAUGGCGGCAGGAGCUGCCUGGGCAUCUCGAGGAAGCGGUGGGGCCCACACCCGGAAGAAGGGUCCUAUUUCAGACUAGUGCAGCGGCCCCGGCGGGCCCGGAAGUCCGGGCCGGUUGCUGAAUGAGGGGAGCCGGGCCCUCCCCGCGACAGUCCCCCCGCGCCCUCCGCCCCGACCCGGGCCCCGCCAUGUCCUUCUUCCGGCGGAAAGUGAAAGGCAAAGAACAAGAGAAGACCUCAGAUGUCAAGUCCAUUAAAGCUUCAAUAUCCGUACAUUCCCCACAAAAAAGCACUAAGAAUCAUGCCUUGCUGGAGGCUGCAGGACCAAGCCAUGUUGCCAUCAAUGCCAUUUCUGCCAACAUGGACUCCUUUUCCAGUAGCAGGACAGCAACACUCAAGAAGCAGCCAAGCCACAUGGAGGCUGCUCAUUUUGGAGAUCUGGGCAGAUCUUGUCUGGACUACCAGACUCAGGAGACCAAAUCAAGUCUUUCAAAGACCCUUGAACAAGUCUUGCACGAUUCUGUUGUCCUCCCAUAUUUCAUUCAGUUCAUGGAACUUCGGAGAAUGGAGCAUCUGGUUAAAUUUUGGUUGGAGGCCGAAAGUUUCCACUCAACGACUUGGUCCCGAAUAAGAGCACACAGUCUGAACACAGUAAAACAGAGCUCACUGGCUGAGCCUGUCUCUCCAUCUAAAAAGCACGAAACUACAGCAUCUUUUGUGACUGAGUCUCUUGAUAGGAGAUUGGAGGAUUCUAGCUCAGCCCAAUUGCUUAUGACUCAGUCAGAAGAAACUGACCUGAAUGGUAGAACUAACAUCACUCAGAAUCACUUGCUGCUCUCCCAGGAAUGUGACAGUGUGCAUUCUCUUCAUCUUGAAAUGGCCAGAGCAGGAACUCAUCACGCUUCUAUAGAAACCCAAGAAUCCUCCUCUAGACUUACAGUAGCCAGUAGAAAUAGCCCCUCUUCUCCACUGAAAGAAUUAUCAGGAAAACUAAUGAAAAGUAUAGAGCAAGAUGCCGUGAAUACUUUUACCAAAUAUAUAUCUCCAGAUGCUGCUAAACCAAUACCAAUUACAGAAGCAAUGAGAAAUGACAUCAUAGCAAAGAUUUGUGGGGAAGAUGGACAAGUCGAUCCCAACUGUUUCAUUUUGGCACAGUCCAUAGUCUUCAGUGCAAUGGAGCAAGAGCACUUUAGUGAGUUUCUGCGAAGUCACCAUUUCUGUAAAUACCAGAUUGAAGUGCUGACCAGUGGAACUGUUUACCUGGCUGACAUCCUCUUCUGUGAGUCAGCCCUCUUUUAUUUCUCUGAGUACAUGGAAAAAGAAGAUGCAGUGAAUAUCUUACAGUUCUGGUUGGCAGCAGAUAACUUCCAGUCUCAGCUUGCUGCCAAAAAGGGCCAGUAUGAUGGACAGGAGGCACAGAAUGAUGCCAUGAUUUUAUAUGACAAGUACUUCUCCCUCCAAGCCACACAUCCUCUUGGCUUUGAUGAUGUUGUCCGGUUAGAAAUUGAAUCCAACAUCUGCAGAGAAGGUGGACCGCUCCCAAACUGUUUCACAACUCCAUUACGUCAGGCCUGGACGACCAUGGAGAAGGUCUUUUUGCCUGGCUUUUUGUCUAGCAAUCUUUAUUACAAAUAUUUGAAUGAUCUCAUUCACUCAGUUCGAGGAGAUGAAUUUCUGGGAGGGAAUGUUCCACCAACUGCUCAUGGCCCUGCAGGCCCUUCUGAUGAGUCUCACCCAGGUGGUUCUGACAGCUCCACUUCUCAGUCCAGUGUGAAAAAAGCCAGUAUUAAAAUCCUGAAAAAUUUUGAUGAAGCAAUAAUUGUGGAUGCUGCAAGUCUGGAUCCAGAGUCUUUGUAUCAGCGGACAUAUGCAGGGAAGAUGACAUUUGGAAGAGUUAGUGACUUGGGACAGUUCAUCCGAGAAUCUGAGCCUGAACCUGAUGUGAAGAAAUCAAAAGGAUCCAUGUUCUCACAAGCCAUGAAGAAGUGGGUGCAAGGAAAUACUGAUGAGGCCCAAGAAGAGCUAGCUUGGAAGAUUGCUAAAAUGAUAGUCAGUGACGUCAUGCAGCAGGCACAGUAUGAUCAACCAUUAGAGAAAUCUACAAAGCUAUGACUCAAGCCUGAGAUGAAGGAAAUCUACUUUUGAGAAAACAGAAAACUUUUUUCCUUUGGUUGGAAUCUUCAACACAGCCAGUGAAAACAGAGCACUAUGUUUCCUUUCACUGAUCUAUCACUGUUGUUUCCAAGAAAGAAUGGGAGACAAUCCUAGACUUCUACCAUAACGCAGAGUAACAUGUAGACUUGAUGCUCAUGAUGUUCACACAGUGAGAGUCGUAAAGAUACAAAGUGGCAUUGUUUACAUUACUAGAAAAUUCUUAGUUUUCCAUGGCAAUAACCCAUUUAUGAGAGAGUUUUAGCCCCCUGGAAUAGACAAAGGACCACAUGCCUUGGGAGGCAGAUCAGCCUGGGGCCGCUGUCACACUGAUCCAUCUCCGGCAGCAUCACAGAGCAGGUGCCGGAGGUGCUGUGUGUAGUCCUCCUCAAACAGGAGUGAGCCCACCGAGAGCCAGGCGGUGCUAACAGAGAGGACUCAGCUGUGUUGUCUUCCUUCACAGAGGCAUUACUUGAGAAGGAGACUGACAGGUCAUGGGUCAGGUCUCAGUGACAUCAUCGUUCCCGUUGGUGGCAGUAUACAAUUUACACACCUUCAUUGCUCCUGAGAUGCAGCGUCCUCACAGUUGUCUCUGCUGCUGACAAAGCGUGAUUCUAGUUCACUGUGAGCAUUCAGACUUGCUCCUUUGAGUUCUGUGCUCCAGUGACGUAACGUUCCUUUCAGCAUAUGUGUGAAAAGAAUGAAUAAUGAUCACUCCAGUUUUUCCUCUGUAGUGUCUUGAACAAAAUGGUUAUUCCCAGAUUGUACUUUUUUUUUUUUUUUUUUUUUUCCAAGUAAGAUGGACAGGUUGGGCUGGAGGGAGAGGAACUCGCCCAGGUUUGCCUCCCCUGUUCUUUGCUCUGAGCUGGGAAGUGUACAGUUGGCGGCCUUUUUUCUUUCUGUCUUCAGGACAGUAGACUCACUGCUCUUGUGCUCAGUCAGCUCUUUUGUGGGGACCCCACAGCCGUCAGCAGGGCUGCCCAGUUGGCAAGCACACUCCACCGGCCCUGUGGUGCCAGUGCCUCCUCGAUGUGCGUGAUUGUUUGAAGGGGAAGUUUGUUCUCUUAGAUGUUACUGCUUUUGCAAAAAAGAAAAAAUACUAUAUAUAUAUAUGUACUAUAUAUAUAUAAAUAUAUAGCUAUCGAUCACUUCUGUCCUUGAGAAAGUCUUGAACAAAGGAUUUGUUCCAUUGCAUUAGUUGAUUGUAUAGAGGCGCCUGUUUCAUCAGCAGAAGAGGCGAAAAGGCCGUGUGUGAGUUUUGGUACUGUGUACCACCUGUUGUUGUUCUGAAGCGACGUAUUCCUGUACGUAAACCAUAUUCUAUUUAAUUGUGUUUGAUUCUAAAAUAUAUAUAUAUAUGAAUUAUAUUUAAAAUCGUGUCAGCUUUCUGCUUUCAGGGCAUUUAUGGCUCUUCUGUUGAAUAUUUUAAUCCUUCCAAAUAAUUCCAUUUGCUUUACAAAAUCCCUGAACUUGAGCCACUACUGGACUUAGCCUUGUGUUUGCACUGUAUGGCAUAGACCUGAGGUUUUUAUUAAGGAUAUAUGCUGUGAUUAACUUAUUUUGUUCUUUUUAACAAGAAUAUUUUCAUCUAUCUCACCUUGCUUCAAUCUAAAUGAUGGAAAAGCAAUACAAAGGUCAUAGAAUAAACUGGUUUGGGGUAACUCUGGCUGCCUCUGCAUGUUGUGGAGUAACAAUUUCUGGAAGAUUCUAGGCUCUUUAAGCUAAUGCUUUCAGUUGAGAUCAUUUCUGAUGGUAUGCAUUUUGUGCUUCUGAGCGGGAGAUCCCAGUAGUUGUAAGCCUGUGGUAGAGGGAAGAGCAAGUUUGAGGUUUUGUUCCUUUUUUCUGCUCCACCCCUCGGCCCACCCCUGUGGUGACAUGCAGAAGUUGGAAUUGGGUUUGUCUGACAUUCAGCACCCUUUGUGUCCCAGACUCUGGUGAGGGCAUCUGGAGCAUAUGACUCCCUGGCAGGAUUUUUAUAGGUUCAAGGAAUCAGUUGAAUAAGCUUCACCUUUAUCAUGUCAUUGACAUCAAACACAAAUUGUUUAAAAAGAAAAGAUGCCAAUGAGAAAGUGAUACCUUUGGGAACUUUGUGUCUAAAUAACUUCUGCAAGAUUCGGUGAAAGUAAAAAGCAAAUGUCAAACCAGCUGCAGUGAAGAGCAAUAAAAAACAGGGAGCAACUUUUUGUAACUUUAUCUACGUGAGUUUCAGUAGUGUGUAGCGCUUUCUGAAUUGUAAGCAUUUUACAGUACUGGCGCUUUAACUGGUUCAGUAGGAAUCUGGAGGGGAAGGUCACUCUGUGCAAGUGUUGAGAGCUAAGACCCCAGCGCAGCAGCUGACCUCUAGUGGUGUGUCUGGGGACCUGACUGACUCACCGUAACCCCCUCCCGGCCCCCACCUGCACUGGCACAGGAGUAGGGGCCACGAUUCUGGAGGAAGACUUUGCUCUCCCACUGUUUCCUCCCUGUCCCCCACACACCAGCUGAUCCAAACGAGCCGAAUUCUUUAUUUUGGGAGUUUCUCAUGGAGAAGAGGAGAUGGCAGUCGCCAUCUGGGGUGGUGGCUUGGAGGGGGCACUUAUCCAGGCAGGAGCCUCCCUGUGCAGACAGGCCUGCGAGAGCAGCUGCCUUGGCGACCCUGAGGACUGCAUGUGGUCCUGCACCCUUCCUUGGACUCCAUUAGUCCCUCGGGUGUGCUUAGAAUGAAUUUGUGAGUUUUUUCAGAAUCAGUCUGAAUUGCCUUUCUACUGCAUGUAACCAAGAGGACCAUGGCUCUGAUUCCCGAUGACCCUGUGUCCUCAGCGUGUCUGCAAAGCACUGCUGAAUUCUGGAGCAUUCCCUUUGGUAAACUUUCCUUGGUUAUCUUGUGUUUAAACGGAAUCCUAAUCUAAUGUAAAUGAAAGACACUGGCUCUUCCUUACAGUGAGGAGUGAGGAAGGGACAGGGUAGGUGCCUACAUCCUGUGGGGUGGUGGCUGGGGGUUGUCUUCCUGUCUCCCGACUUCCUUCUCCACUCUCAGUAACUCUGUUAAACCUGGAAACACAGGGUAUUCCAGUAAUGAGUGCCCGACACAAGCUUAACAUAGAGGAAGGGGAUAAUGAUUACAAAGUUUGUAAAUGCUGACUGCUUCUGUGGAUGAGGCAGGGUCUCUGGCAUUCGGCUGGAGGCACAAAGGGAAAGUAAGCACCAGUAAAUCCUGUGAGGCGACAGCAUCAGCGACCACAGUCGUAGCUGCCCUCUGAUCCCGUUACAGGUGGUCACCGUGUGCCCUGAGGAAGCCAUCCCCUGCUUGGGCAAAAUCAGGAGUGGCUUGGAGCAGGGAGGAUGGGGCUCUGCCUCCGGGACGGGCCUCGAGGUCAUUUGUGACCAUGUAGGAUUUCUGCCCACUUUGUCUGGCACACAGGCAAGGUGUUCCUUUGGUACUGCCUACUCUGGCACGUUGAGGAUGUCACAGACCUCACCUGGAAUCCUUAGGCCUCUCGCCAAAGGGUGAUAGCACAUCCACCACCUCCUAGCACCCCUGAGGCACUGCAAGCCGGAGCCCUUUGGUGUCCCCUGAGUAGCCCUUGUACGCAGAGGCUGGAACAGUAGGCAAGGAGCCUAGGAAGAGCAGACUUGAAUUCACCUCCCAGGGAACCAGGAAUUGCAGGGAGCACAUGAGAGACGAAGGCUGUGACAGCUGUGGUGUUUCUCCCAGCCUCAGAUUCCCAGUCUCUUGCCUUAAAGGUGCCUUCUUCAGUCUCAUCCCUGAGUGAUUCCAAGCCAGCCUCUGCCUGAAUCAUGGGAAGGGUCUCACAUACCGUACCUGUGGAGGAGGCUCUGACUCGAAGAAGCACCUCGCCAGGACUUAGGGCUUUGGAGUAAGGGCAGCUCUUAAGUGUGGACCCCAGCCUCACCAGCUCCCCAGAGCCCAACAAGAGCACCCAGGUGUUAGUUUCCCGUGGCCAACAGCAACCUUUGUUCCUUCUAAUUACAGAACAACUGAUGUAGUGAAUGUUUACUCUGUUAUAACAAAGCUGGGCACUGUUUACAGUGCAAGGGCACAGGAACAAAUUAAACAAACUUGGAAGCCCCACAGAGCUUGCUUUCUACUGAGGAGGGGAUGGAAGUUGCAUCUAGAAUAUAUGUUGUUACUUUGGACUCAAGCUGACACUUUGAGCCCAGGUUUAACUUCCUUUACUCCUCAAAAGAAAUCACUGGGUCUCCCCUUGGACCACCCCAAGGAGAGCUACAGCUUAGGGAGGGAAAAAGCGGCGAUACUUUCUCAGCCCCAUGCCCUGUGAGGACCAGUUGCUGUAUUCUUCCAUUUGUUUGCUGCAGACCAGGUUUAGGCACUUAGCCUGGGGUUGGGCACCUGGUUAGCAAAAAGCCUGCUGUCUGAGAUGGUCAGAGUGAGCUUCUCUGUGAACAGGGUAAGGCUUAGAGGACGCCAGAGGAUCAGCCCCAACCCCCAUGGCUCUCUGCAGGACUUAAACACACGAGAAUUUUUAAGAACCAGAAACAGGGCUAGUGUAAGGUUACUGCACGCAUGCACUACCAGAUCACAACCUUGGUAAAAAACUGGCUGUGGAACUAAUUCCAUGAAGUGAUUGGCUCCCUCUGAGUUCUACUGAAAUGAUGGUAAGGACUGGCCAGCGUAAUCCAGUAUGUGCUGGCUCCAGCCACUGUCACAGCCUUACAAAGGAAGUACUUGUUUUUCCCUUAGAAUUGAGGACAGUAGUCGUUUGCUCUUGUCUCGUUUUGCUGCUCAUUCGUACUCGCCACAGGCUAGUAUGGCAGAUGUUGAAGACUUAAGAAAACUGGUGACUUUAAAAUGAAAACAUUCCAGCUGUUACCUUAAAGCAGUAGUUCUUAAACUUGCACUCGCAUCAGGAUCCCCCAGAGACUUCUUAAAACGUAGAUUGCUGGGCCUAACCCGAGUUUCUGAUUUCCUAGGUUUGGGUUAGGGCCCGAGAAUUUGCAUUUUUCACAGAUGGACAGAUGAUGAUUACGCUGCUUUGGAGUCGACACUUUUGUGGAUCACUGCCUUAAAGUCUUUCCAGCAAAUCGGGAAAUCAGCGUUUCCAUUUAUUGGCUAUAUAGAAGUAUAGCUUGAGGCCCAUUACCCAUGAUUCACUCAACACGAGUCCUUUGUUAGUCAAAUGUGUAUCAAUGCUGAGAGCACCCAAGCCCCGCCCCAGUCUCAUCAUGAGAACCUGGCCAGCGCUGAGGCCAUCAAGGCCAUCCUCACUGGGGUGGAGCUUAGCGGAGGCCACCACACAGCAGUCUCAGCCCCAUAGUCAAGAGCUCCCCAGACCUGGUGCCUUUGCUGGGGACGGGGCGCCUGACAGUCCCCUAGGUCUGAGACUGCGCUGUUGGGAAUCACACCUAAGUCCCCAUGGACCGUUUUGCACUAAUCCUGCCUCAUCCAUGUCCUUCCAGCUUACCUCCCAGGUCCUUGCUGCCAGUUACCCUCCAGGAUCCUGACCAUGACUUUCCUGGUACCUCACUUCUUCCUUCCUUUCUCGUUUGCCGAAUCUCCCUCCUGACCAUUUGUUCUCCAGCAUGCGUUUUCCUGAUGGCCUGUUAAUGUCACUAUGCUAGGUGCUGAGGACACAGUCGUACCCGGGACAGACACACUGCCUGCCCUCCCUGUGGUCUAGGAAGCGAGGAAUUACAAGUGGGAUGAGCGCUGUGAGAGGAAGGAAGCUUCCGGGGGGGAUUUAGGUGGACACACUCACCCCUAUGACUUACACUCCCUGGUCAUCUCAGUCUUUCUGCCUGUCCUACACGUCUCCUCUCCCUCAAGAUGCUGUUAUUGCACAGUCCUAACUACAUAUCCAGGCCACUCUUAAUCCCCCUCCCCAGCUGGAGCAGGACUCCAUGUCCAGGUUGUCCACCAGCACCUGCUCCUAGCCACUGCUGCCACCACAGAUUUGCUCAGACUCCUCACUGAAACCCUUGACCACCCGGGAGCCAGUCCUCCGCCAUCUGGCUGCAGGCGGCCCCUGGCUUGCUCUCCAAGUCUGUGAUACACCACUCCUUUCUCCAUGCCUUUGUUCCGCCCCAAGAAGCGGCACUGGCCAUGGUGACCAUCGGCCCAGCAACCUGUGGCCUGUGGUUCUUCACCUGUUCUUUUCUCAAGAAUGGGAAAAUACUGAGGAUGGUGUUUUACUCCACCCGUAACCAAACUCGGUCAUCUGCCGCAACUGCUCUACCUCUGGUUUCUUCUCACACGUGUUAGCCCACAGCAACCUCAGAUGGGGCAAGUCUGAAUGGUCAUAGAUUCCUCCUGUGGGAGUGGGUUAAAAGAAGGGAGAGAAGGAACUUAGUCAUUCCAGGAAGAUACUCCUUCACCAUUACAAGGGUUUAGUUUUGUAAACCAGCUUUUCAGAGCAAUUUCAAAAGCAGUUAAGUGAGCAGUUUUGGUGCAAGGACUACAGACAUAAGCCUAUAACUUGGGGGUGGGGGGAAGACAGUCCUAAGGGGAUGAUUUGCAUGAAACUCUCCAAUGAGAGUGUCAGAGGUGUGUCUUCAAAGUGCUGCAAUCAAACACCUUAGACACGAGAGAGGAGGUGCACGUCCAAGACACUGGCUGUAGGUAUCAUGAAGACGUUGAUAGCCAAGAUGCUUGUAGAGAAUUUGAAUCAGAUUGUUAUUUGAAAUACGAGAAUGGGGAAAAAGCAAUAUUUUGUAUUAAUGUAUUAUUGUAUAUAAUGUUAUUUUAAAUAAGCAUGUGUAACUAAAUUAAUAAAUUAGAUACU